UUGUUUAUUUGCAACAGCGGUUCCAGGCGCGCACCCGUCAGUGUCGGAGACGAGAGGACAGAAGGCGGCGGAGACCCAAAUAAAACACAAUUCAGCCAUUCCUGCGAAAAGCGGCGACAGAAAAGCAGCCGACAUGUCCGAGGAGAAGCCAAAGGAGGGAGUGAAGACCGAGAACGAUCACAUCAACCUCAAGGUUGCAGGACAGGAUGGGUCGGUGGUCCAGUUCAAAAUCAAAAGACACACACCCCUCAGCAAACUAAUGAAGGCGUACUGUGAACGACAGGGUCUCUCAAUAAGGCAGAUCAGAUUCAGGUUUGAUGGGCAGCCUAUCAAUGAGACGGACACACCUGCACAGCUGGAGAUGGAAGAUGAAGACACCAUAGAUGUUUUCCAGCAGCAGACAGGAGGCCACUGCUAAGUCCCUCCCAUCUCAUUGACGGCCACCCUCAGACCACGCCCCCUCAGACACCUUCACUGUCCCUUCCCCCCUCAUCGCUCCUCUCCGCUUAUUAUUAUAUUAUUCUAAUUAUUAUUAUUAUUUCUUCAGUUUCGAGAUGUCUGUCAUUGUUUCUUGUCAGGUGUGUGUGUUUGGGGGGGCCACUCAGCUGUUUGUAUACUGUCUAAGCCAGGACUGAACUUUUUGUGCGAGUCAACAGUCGCUCUGCUGGCCAAUCAGGAGGACCCUUUCCGCCUGGUGCAGCAGGCUGUGAUGGGACCCGCAGCGUGCCACAGCUGUGUCCGUGCUUCUCAUUCACUCUCCAGUGAAAACGUAGUAUCCAGUAGUUUGUCCGGUUUUCAUCCAGCAGGGGUCAAGCGCGGGGCUCUGCAGGUUCUGUCCAGGGGUCAGAGUCAGUGGGCAUGAAAAACGUUUUGGAAGUGGAGGCACUGUCUGAACUAAAUACACACCUGCCUUCCAUUUCACUUCGCUCUCUCGUGUGUUUUUUGUCUGAAUGGUGGUGACCCCCCGUCAAAAUGUAUUUUAAUUCUCUUCGCCUUUUAGGUGCUUUUGCUAAAGACUUCUGCAAUGUUUUUCUAUUUUUGAUUUUUCUUUUAAGAAUUAACCAGGGGGCUUCUUGAUGAUCAUUCUUUUUUUUUCUUCCUGUACAUAAGUAUCAGAGCGGAUGUUAGAUAAAUGUUGUGGGGCUUGGACCAAUACUCCAAAGACCGAACUUCUGUUUCAUAUUUGCUGUACUUGGAUCACCUAUAAAAGCAAACUGCAAGGUUAAAAACUGUCAGAUUUUAAGGGAGUUUGUAUUUCCUUAAUGUCAUUUGCUUUUUUUCUUCGACUGUUAAUAAUUUAGAACUUUUUCUUUGGGUUUAUCCGUGGUACAGACUUAUUUUUCAGUCAUGCUUCUAGGGCCAGCUGUCUCAUCUCUGUAUUGUCCUUGCAAAUGUAGGCUGAUGGGACAACUGAUUCUACAUUUGCUUUGAAGAGGAUCGGCCUCCCCUUUGAGCAAAGAUAAUCCAACAAAAGUCGGUAUGUUAGCUGUCAUGCAUUGCUGAAGAACCUUUUAUCUGCUUUGUCAACUGUUGAGACGAUGCGUUGCUGGUGUGCACAACACAGACUUUGCAGGCCAAUUUUAUAACUGCGGUUUCUGAAAACAGUCGAGAUGUCUCACUUGGUGAGAAGGAUGCAUGCUAUAUCGGGAAGGCAUAGAGGUCAACCAGUGGCGUUUGGGAGAUAAGUGUUCCGUACCCUUGGUGCCCAGUUCUUUGUACAUGGAUAAAUACGUUGGUUUGAUUUGAUGGUUGAUGGUCUGACACAAGCUUGGAUAUCUCCGCUAGUAUUAAAAGAGUCAGUCAUUCAGCUUAAAACCUGCAAAAAGUACAAACUUCUUCAGAGUGAGUUGGAUCAUUACAACCCUUUUCAGUUAGUUGUUUUUUCCCCCAUUGUCCUUAUUUUGGUCAGAUAAGCCCACAAGUGAUCAGUAUUGUACAACUUAAUGGGGUUAGAGUUCCAGUUUCAGGACUUGGGCAAUCUACAGGGAGGAAAGAAAUAUAAUAUUUAUAAAUGUUAUGUUUACAAUAGUUUUAAAUCAAAAUAAAUUAUAAAUAGUUUCUUUACCUUUUUAGAAUAAGUCAUCUAUUUGUACAUCAGGAGCUGGUCCUUUUCCAUGGAGUCCACCAUGUUUGUACGGUAGAUCAGAAUGGACAAACCAAACACUGGUUCAAGAGAGAACCUUUCAUGUCCAUGCGUUACUCAAAGGCCCCCUUUGCUUGGAAAUGGAGGGAUAUUCACUUGGUUUGACACCAACAUACUGAAAAACGCUUCAUAUAAAACCAGUGGAGUCUUGGAAUAAAUGUAAUUCGAUGUAUGAUCCAGAGCGAAGGACCAUUUUAAGUUUAGUAUGUUGUGAACCAUUUUUGUGCAGACAUGAAUUAAACUCUUCCAUUGAAGCAGCGUUUUUUUGAGGAGGUGUAACCGGCCCUGUGGAUUCCACUUGUUCUUAAAUGUAGCUUAUUGAACUUCAGCAACACUAGAAAGGUGCAGUUAUAUUAGAGAAGUAAUUAAACUGUAGUCUAAUGUUUUAAACCUGUUUUUGAGCUGAUGUAUGAAAACGUGUUCAGGUUUCACCCUAUUGCUAUCUGCUGUUAUCCCGCUGUCCCCUCAUUUGUUAACAGAGAGUUUGUGGUUCCUCCUGCAGACGCCCCUCUGCACGAGCCAGUCACAAGUUACGAUCUUGGCUUUCAGCUUCCCCCUCUCGCUAAAUAAGAGCACAGUUAUCAAGACAAACUAAUCAAGUUAGCUGGACAUAGGAAAGCGUCUUUUCGAGCCGGCCGACAUGAGAGCUAAACUUCAGUGUACAAAGAACAGGGUCCAGGUUUUUGUCAUGUUAUUCGUUUCUCUACUGAUUUGUACAUUAUUUGUGGUCUUUUACUACUGUAUACAAUAAAUAUAGUUUGGUACUCAGA